AUGUGUGAACCCACAAAACAAAGACGAUCAGCACUGAAGCGGCCAGGCCCCCCGCCUCUGCCUCCAAAGCCCAGGCUCAGUAUUUACCAGGAGGAAAGCCUUGUGGACGAUGAGAAGUCCCACACCAUCAAGUAUUGCCCCAACUCCGGCCACCAGGCUCCGCCGGCCCAUCGGAGGCAAAGCAUCCCCGUGUGCGGACCUCAGCUGGAGUCACCCCCGCUGGGCAUGACCAGCAGCGUCAGUAGCCCCGGCCUCCUCACUGCCAGAUACAGCGACUUGGGGAAUGGAGACAGUAUGCCAAAACUCCCUGAGGAGAAUGCCGACGGGUUGGGACACAUGCCUCAGCUGCCACGGAAGAAGGAGAAGCGAGAUUAUCCGAAGCCCGCGAUCAAUGGCCUGCCCCCGACGCCGGAGUAAUUAAUGGGUGCAUGCUUCUCCAAAGUCUUUGAUGGCUGCCCUUUGAAGAUCAACUGUGCCACCUCGUGGAUACACCCAGACACAAAAGAUCAGUAUAUUAUCUUUGGAACCGAAGAGGGCAUCUAUACGUUGAACCUCAAUGAGCUUCACGAAGCCACCAUGGAACAGGUUUUCCCACGGAGAUGCACGUGGCUGUACGUGAUCAACAACACCUUGAUGUCACUCUCAGAAGGGAAAACAUUCCAGCUCUACUCUCACAACCUAAUAGCUCUGUUUGAGCAAGCCAAAAAAACAGGACUAGCGGCUCACAUUCAGACCCAUCGCUUCCCUGACAGGAUAUUGCCCAGGAAGUUUGCCUUAACCACAAAGAUCCCAGAUACGAAAGGGUGCCAUAAGUGUUGCAUAGUAAGAAACCCGUACACUGGCCACAAAUACCUCUGUGGAGCGUUGCAGUCAGGAAUCGUGUUGCUGCAGUGGUAUGAACCGAUGCAGAAAUUCAUGUUGAUAAAGCACUUUGACUUCCCUUUGCCAAGCCCCUUGAACGUGUUCGAAAUGCUGGUCAUCCCGGAACAGGAGUACCCCAUGGUGUGUGUCGCGAUCAGCAAGGGCAUCGACCCGAACCAAGUUGUUCAGUUUGAGACCAUCAACUUGAAUUCUGCUUCUUCGUGGUUUACGGAAAUAGGGGCAGGCUGCCAGCAGCUGGACGCCAUCCACGUCACACAGCUGGAGAGAGACACGGUCCUCGUGUGCUUGGAUAGAUUUGUGAAAAUCGUGAACUUACACGGAAAACUGAAGUCGAGCAAGAAGCUGGCCUCCGAGCUAAGUUUUGAUUUCUGCAUUGAAUCUGUAGUGUGCCUUCAAGACAGCGUGCUGGCCUUCUGGAAGCACGGGAUGCAGGGGAAAAGCUUUAAAUCUGACGAAGUAACCCAGGAGAUCUCAGACGAAACCAGGGUCUUCCGCUUACUGGGCUCGGACAGGCUUGAAGUUUCUCUCUACCCCCCUAUAGCUGCAAGAGGUAACAGAGCACAACCAAACUUUCCCAGGCCGUAUGAGCAGGAAGCCCCCAAUAGCCAGAAACAUGGCAGGACCAAAUUAGACAGUCAUGACGCCGUCCAAGUGGUUGUGUAA